GCGCGCUAGAGAGGCCGGGGAGAGGCGGAAGUGACGCUCCCGUUGUCGCGGCGAUCGUGCACCCGGUGCUUGCUAGCGCGGGGCCGGUGGCGGCGCGGUGAGGUGAUGCUUGCAGGCCGGGCCCCGCCGGGCGCCGCGGAUUGCUGCCGCCGCCUCCUGGCGACGGCUCUGGCGGCGGGGCUGCGGCCGCUGCUGUGCGGGCUGCCGUCGUGCUGGGCGACGGCGAGGCGGGCGGCGGGGCAGUGGCCGAAUCCGGGACUGCGGGUGCCGGAGGCGGCGGAGACGGAGCAGCUGGUGCAGCAGUUGCAGCGGACCGGCGUGCCGCUCCGCCGCUUCAUCGCCUGCCCGCAGCUAGCGCGCACCGUGCAGCGCUGCCUGCAGGGUGGAGCCAGUCCCGGCCCCCAGCCCGUCGUGCUGGAGUGCGCGCCCGGUCCUGGAAUCUUGACCCGAACUCUGCUCAAUGCAGGUGUUAGAGUGGUAGCUCUAGAAAGUAACUCAGCUUUUCUUCCAAACUUACAGUCCCUAGAGAAUAGCCUGGAUGGACAAUUAAAGGUAAUUUAUGGCGACUUCUUUAGACUGGAUCCUUUGGUGACUGGAACAGUGAAACCACCUGCUAUCUGUUCUGACAAACUUUUUGAAACCAUGGGUGUAGCAGCAGUUCCUUGGAGGGCAGAUGUACCUGUGAAAGUUUUUGGAAUCUUACCACAAAAAAAGGAAAGGAACACACUUUGGAGGCUUCUUUUUGCCCUGUAUGAAUGCAGUUCCAUAUACAGAUAUGGAAGAGUAGAACUUAACAUCUUUAUAAGUGAAAAAGAGUACAAGGUUUUAACAGCAAAGCCUGGGGAAAUGAAGGCUUACCAAGCACUUACUGUACUUUGGCAAGUAGGAUGUGAAAUUCAGCUACUGCACAUGGAGCCUUGGUCAUCAUUUGUAACUAAUUUGAAAAAUGGGGGACUGGCAGUACCAAAAAGCAUGUGGCUGCCAAAUGACCAUUUAUGUUUGGUACGACUGACUCCUCAGCGAAAUCUAUUUGUAGGAGGCUUGAAGCCCACAAAUUCAGCUACCUUUAUUUUCAUGGUGAAACAGUGUCUUGCUAAACCCAAGUCUAGACUUACUGAUAGAUUAAAGUCAUGGAGCUUGGACAAUAGUGGCAAAUUACUGAGAGCGCUAGAAAUUCCAAAAACUGCUGAAAUGCGUAACUUAUACCCAGAAGAUUACAAGCGUCUUUUUGAGGCUUUGCAAAACUCUAGUAUGUUUACUGAAACCUGGUUCCAUGAUGAAUUCUUGGAAAGUAUAAGAAACAUAAACUUAUAAAUUUAAAGCUGCUGUCUUUUGGAAGAUGACCUUUGCUUCUGGGAGAUUCCUUUGAUAAGAAACAGUUUAAGUAAAAUGAGAAAUAGCUAGAUGAUUUCCUGUCCAAACAGGAAAAUAAAUUUAGCAAGUAACAAGAGCCCUUCUACACGGGAUGAAAGUAACGGAUUCGCAGUUAUUUGAUGACAAUCCUAUCUAGAAUGGACAAACUUUGCAUCUUUUCCAGGAGCAUAUUAGUGACCUGCUGCUUUUGGAUGUACCACUUAAAUGGAACUUUUUGUUCCACUGCUGUAUAUUUACAACAUUUGAAAAAACAUAACAGACCAAAUAUCGUUAUCUGUGUGGUUUGUAUUUUAGUGCUCAGUGAUGCGAAUGCCCUUUCACAGAUUCCCAAAAUACACAGGUCUUUACAACCGCUGAAUCUGUUAUAUUGUCUCCUGAUCUAAAAACCUUGCAGGCUAAAGUCGACAUAAUAUUAAUAAAUCAAUAGUGGUGGGUUAAUAGAAGACAAGGUAAUGACAGCAUGAUAAAACAUCGACUGAGAGGUUUGUUUGUUUUCUUGUUUAACCUAAAGGUUGUUAUAUCUCUGGGGAAAAAAGUCAUGACAACUCUUUCUUUUGAAAUUUUGAAAAGAACUCUGGGCAGCCUGUUCUACUUUGCAAUAAGUGAACACCUGUAUGCCUGUAGGCUUUGUCUUAUUUUACGUCUGAAAACAAAGUCACCAGAACAUCCAGUGCUGUAUAAACAGUUUGGGGGAGAAAAAAUCAUCUUACUUGCCACCUUUGUCAAUUUGUAUUUGUUUAAUGUGUAUUAUAUGUACAAAAUAACUCAUUUCAAAACCAUAUCCUUUUAGCCAUAGUACUCCAUAAUGCAAUCUGUUCCUGGUUUCUUUUCCUAUCUUACGAUCUAACUCUUCUGUUGUUGUCUGAUAGUGCUGGCAGACUAUACUGGUUCUGUGGUCUAUACUGUCUCCCCUGGGAAGAGCUGUGGCCAAAAAUAUGCUUUUUUAGCAGAGGACAAGUUAAUAAAGUGCCUUUUUAGCAAAGGCUGUGCUGUUUUCAGGCUUUGGAGAACAGCAGCGACCAAAACAAUGCAAACACAAAAUUGUAUUUCUGAAGCAUAGUGUGAGGUAUAGAUGUGAGGAGCAUUCAUCUCUGACUUCCUCCUGCAGUUCCUGCUGCAGAAAUAAAAUUGACUUUGAGCAGCCUCAGUUUGCCUUGCUAGCUAGGCUGUAGUGAUCUGUUUAAGCUGCUGAUUAGCCUGUGUAAUUUUGUUAUGAAACAACUGGAAAGGCUGAGAUUUAAUUUGCAGGCUGUUUCAGAGCAUUACUGGUGUUCUGGUGUAGGUCAUGAAGAUUUGAGGCUUUCCUUCUCAUACUAUUUCAGAUAAUUUGCAUUACGAACUGAUCGUGAAUGGCACAUUGAAUUAUCAGAAGCAAUUCCACCUUUCUUCAAUCUCAGUAGAUAGUAACUGGCUUAUCUACUGGUCUACAAGAAUGCAGUGUCUCCUGGGCUGAUUUUCUCCCCACCGCCACCACCACCUUGAAUCAAAUAGCUUGCUCUUGCUGCAGCAAGAUGUCUUAAAUCAACAUACCAGGAGAAGUAUUCAAUGCAUAAAAUAUAAAACCACCACUGUCUAUAUCAACUUCUUUAACUGUGUUGCUAUAACAUUUCAACCAUGAACUGAAAAAAAGGAAAUUAUUUGCUGUGAAUCUUUGAUGCUGUUGGAAAACAGCAUUUACUGAGCCAACGCAGAGGCUUACAAGGUAACAGCAGGAGUCUGUAGGUGGAAGGAAUAUUGUGUAACUGGGGACUUGAAAUGAGAUUUAAUGCCAUUAAACUCUGUUGUCAAGUCUAAGUGUAAGCAAUAUGUUUAGCCCUGAUCACAGAUGUGAAAUGAAGAGAACAGUGGCUGUCAUUAUAAAAAUGGUUUUGGUAUUGAUGGUAAAAUGGUAUUGAUGAAAGGAAGUGAAAAUUACUGAUGUACGUGAAUAAAUGCAGGGGAGUGAAAUUGAAGUAGGUGAUUAGUUGAUGCUAUACACUCAGUACUGUUGCACAAUUCAAUUGUUUUUUUACAUAGUUUUGUGUUAUGACACUACUUAUAUGUAAGAUAUAAAAUAAUAUAUUUUUAAAAUGACAUUAAUUAUC